AUGGCUGCCGUACCAACAUUUUUACGCCAGCCCGAACUUUACACAGUGGCAUGGAUCUGCGCGCUUCCCCUAGAGAUGGCAGCCGCCGAGGCGAUGCUGGAUGAAAAACAUCCGGAGCUUCCCACCAGCCCGGGCGAUGAUAUCGACGGGGAGGCACCACUAUGGUGGGCUGCAAGGAAUCGACAUGAGGCGCUUGUGAGAUCUUUGCUCAAUAAAGGUGCAAGGAUCGAUCCUGUGGAUAAGUUUGGUCUCUCGCCAUUAGCAUGGGCGGUUGAAAAAGGACACGAGCCGGUGGUAAAGCUGUUGGUUGACUUGGGUGCAGAUAUUCGGGCUGCUGAUAAGUCCGGGCAGACGCCCUUGUCUAGGGCUGUUGACAAGCAAACGCGAAGUUUGUUACUCAGAAAUGGGGCAUAA